GCGCUAUGUUAUUUUAGCCGGGCCCAUGUUUACGUUUUUGCCAGCAAGCUAGCAGCACACGAAUUACGAUCCUUUCAACAAUUCUUCAAACUGACUAGAAGAUCCCAAAGUUCGCAGGGGAUACGCUUUUAGCCAUAACUACUAUAAUAUUUAGAGGUACUUGUUGAGUGGGCGAUGGUUAGCCGAAUGGACGUGAGUGAAUGGUGUCGUACAUCACAUGACUGCAUCUCAUGACCAGCUUGUAUGAGUGGGAAUCUUCUGUGUAUGCUAGGCAUUACUCACUGAGUCCUACAAAGCAAGGAACCAUCAACAAGGCUGUAUUAGGUGUGAUUCUGGCUGUAUCUCCGGCUAUCAUUGCUUUACCGCUAUGAGUGGAACUUUAGAUAACUUGAGCUGCAAACAACAAGAAAAACUAAGAAAGUUCAGACUCAACGUUGGGGAUGUUGUGCAGGACUACCAUGAUGAUCACGUGUUACUUCGAUUCCUUAGAGCUAGAAAGUUUGACCUGAAAUCUAGCGAGACUCUUUUCAGGAGUGAUGUGAAAUGGAAGAGCAAGAUGCAGACAUCCAAAUUGUCCAGUGAGGAUAUUCCUGAGGUUUUGAAGAAGUAUUGGCCAGGUGGUAUGUGUGGAUAUGAUAAGGAAGGCAGCCCAGUAUGUAUAGAUGCUAUAGGCCGAAGUGAUACCAAAGGUUUGCUGUACUCGGCCAAAACAAGUGACAUCAUUAAGCACAAUAUAAUUAUUGUUGAAAGGCUGUAUAGAUUGAUGGAGGAACAGACACUCAAGCUUGGCAGACAUGUUGAUGGCAUUAUUUACAUAGCAGACCUGGAGAAUCUAGGAUUACAUCAUCUGUGGAAGCCAGGAGUUGAUGUAUUCAAUCAGUGUGCAGCACUUUUUGAACAGCAUUAUCCUGAGACGCUAAAGAUGAUUUUUGUUAUCAAUGCACCCAAGUUUUUCCCACUAGCCUAUUCUCUUGUCAAGCCAUUCCUUCAGGAAUAUACAAGGAGGAAAGUCAACGUCGUAGGAAGUAAUUGGAAGGAAGUACUGCUGAGAUACAUAGAUGCUGACAAUCUACCAGUCCAUUAUGGAGGCACGGCAACAGGGCCAGAUGGGGAUCCAUACUGUCAACAUCAAAUUGUCAUGGGUGGUAAAGUUCCUGAGAGUUAUUACAUUAAAGGUAGAGAUGUAUCCAGCCAGGACUUGAUGAGAUAUGAGCUGUCUAGAGCUAGCUGCUUAGAACUCAAGUAUCAGGUUAGCAAGCCUGCUAGCAUACUAAGAUACGAGUUUAAGACAGAAAAUUACGACCUUGCGUUUGGCAUCAGACGAAUUGCUGAUGAUGGUGAGAAACUUGAUGUCUUGACAAAGCAGCGAUAUAACUGUCACCUGGUGCCAGAGGAUGGAGAAAUCAGCUUACAAGAAACAGGAACAUAUGUGGUCAGGUUUGACAAUGGCUACAGUUGGACCAAGGCCAAGACAUUGCUGUACUGGGUGGAGCUACUAGAACCAGUGGAUGCGCCACAGGAGGAGGACGCGCUAGAAUUCAUGCCAGCAAUCAGUCAUGAUAUGCAAGAUAUAUGACCCAUCUAUCACUUUCAUUUGGGUAUGUGUAAACAGUACUCGCAAUCAAAACCAAAGGUAUGUUUGUUAAUAUAUGGUAGUAAUCCUUGUCAGAAAAUGUAAGCCAUGAAAAUGCACCUUUGUGUCCCAUUUAAUUUCUUUUCAAUCUUCAUGUUGCCAUUUCCAAAGAGAGAAGAUUAAAAAAGAUUUCACAUUGAUCAUUUAAAUUCUAUAGUAUCUGUUGAUGAAGCAAUCUACCUGCUGAUUUAAAGCCACCCUCAGGUCAACCUGUGAGUUGCUUGCCCUGCAACGGAACCGUCGGUAUCAAGCAGAAAGGUACAGCUCACAAAACUCAGAAAUCCUGCGAUUAUUGUAGAACAAGCAUCAUCUGGUCACGGAAUAAUUGCAACCAUGCUCACGUCACGCACGACGCGACGGCAAAUCACAAUACAAUUAGAUGAUUUCGGGUGCGCGCAUGAUGUCAUAACUUCACACAGGUCGACUGCGAUUGAUUCCAGCUCGUCGGGAAUGCUCGUCGGGAAGAAUUUUUCUACUCUUUUGACUGUCAAUUAUUUUGAGCGCAAACUGGAAUCGGCAACUGAUUUGUUCCCGACGGUCGUAGCUCAGGCACAGCUUGAUCCUGAAAGUCAGUCUCUGACUGUUCUCUGUCGUUGCAAGGUCGACCUGAGGGCAGCUUUAAGCACAUAUCGUUUUUAAACAGCCGAGCUGACGUGGCAAAAUGAUCAAGAAAUCAUGUAAUUUUUGAUACUUUGGAUGUUUGAGGAACACUUAUAUAUAAGCAAAGCUUUGGAAUAAUAAAGUUCUAAUAUAUUUAGAGUUAUAAAAUAAUAUUUUUGAAGUAAAUGAUAGAUAUAUUAUUUUAAGAUGUUAAAUAAUUUAAUGCUUUCUCUUACUUUUGAUGUUGAAUUAUUUAAUACUUGAGGUAUUUUGAAAUUGUUAUUAUUGUAUGUAUUCAUGUUGUAAAAUUUGAAACAAAUUGCCUUUCAUGAUAUAUUGAUUCAAUAAAUGAAUUCAGUAAAGUACAAUUCCUUUAAUGUUCUAAGCAAGUUGGGUGGCUGCCUUAUAUCACAUGAUAACUCCUUUUUGGAGACUUACAUAACAAACUGACUUGUUCGUUAAAUUGAAUAAUGACUCUUUUUGUGUGUUUUCCUUUAAAGUGUCAGAAACCUGCAAUAUAAAUGGACUGUUUUGCUAUGAUUUGAAUGUUAAUAAGAAUCAUUUGUAUCUGCUCUCUGUCAAUUAUUAUAGAAGUACAGCUAUAUCGUUUGAACUAAAUCGAGUAUUGUGUGCGUUUUUCGUGAGGUUGUAGAAGGUGCCUUUAGCAACAUUUUAAAUUCCCUGGCACAAAACCGCUGGACCUUGACUUCCAGUGUUACCGGAAGUGCAAUAAAAUUGAAUAUGUAACUCGAAAGUAGAAGCAUUUUACUUUAGACAAGUGUUUAGUGAGAAAUGCCAGGCACAAAAAACAGCGGUUCUAGAGCCAAUAAUUUUAACUUCACUAUGAACAUGUAUCCUCUCCGAAGUAAAUCAGUAUUCACUUCCCCUUUUUGACUGAUGACGUCAUCAAACCAGAAAUAACUUGGACAUGUGCAUAAAAUGUUUACUGAAAUGCAUCAUACCCCAAAAGAUGCAUUUUUUUAAAAACAAACUAAUAAUUGGUUAUACUGGAAAGAUUACAUUUCGAAUCCUUUCUUCUGACAUAAAAAUAUUCAUAACUUCACUGGGCAGUGUUUAAUGAAAUAGUUGUCUGCCCAACCACUCUGCGUUUGUAACUCAACAAACGCGAAUCUCUAGUUUCAAAAUGAUUUACAUACUAUCCUCCUGAUAUGAUUUACCUUGCCUUGAUUGUUCUCUUACUUUUCAUAAGGCCAGCCAUAUGCUGUGUAAAGCUUAUUGUUCACUAAUCAAGACUGAAAGGUACAAAUGCAAUAAAACAAAAUUUUGUCCAAAGCUUAGAACA